AUGUCGUGCAUUACGGCUCGAUAAAAUACAAACGUAUUCGCGGAUCCUAAUGUGGCGGUAUGUGAGCGUGCUACGUGGAAUAACGGAACGGACGCAAAAUCGGCCGAGCGCUGGCUCGUGUGUUACGGUCUGCACAGCGGGCUCGUGCCUACACUGCGCGCUGCUCCACUUUCAUCAUGGCGAACGUUCGAGCUCCUGCAUCACCAGUGAGCGCGCCGUGUCCCGAGAACCACAACAAAGACCCUGCAAGUAAUGAUUUGGCUAACAGUGCUCCUAGUUUUAAGGCUGCAGACCUGGCGCUCCAGCUGUGCAAGACCCGUAAACCCUGCCCCGAGGUGGAAGGGCUUCAGUUCGGGACUGUGUUCACCGACCACAUGUUGCUGGUGAAGUGGAGCAGAGACGGAGGCUGGGAGAGGCCGCGGAUUCAGCCCUUCGGGGACCUGAGCCUCCACCCAGCCUGCUCCGCCCUGCACUAUGCCCUGCAGCUGUUUGAGGGUCUGAAGGCAUACCGGGGUGAGGACGACAGAGUGCGUCUGUUCCGGCCUGCCCUGAACAUGAGACGCAUGCUGAGAUCGGCCAGCAGGCUCUGCAUGCCUAGUUUUGAUGGCGCUGAGUUACUGGAGUGUAUACGUAAACUGGUGGCGCUGGAUCAGGAGUGGGUUCCCCGCUCCGCCUCUGGGAGUCUCUACAUCCGGCCCACUUUUGUGGGCACUGAGAUUUCUCUUGGUGUGAAGAAGCCCUCUUCUGCCUUGUUGUUUGUGAUUCUGAGUCCUGUUGGCUCCUACUUCAGCACUGGGGCCAGACCCGUGUCUCUGUGGGCAGACACCACAUACAUCAGGGCGUGGAGAGGAGGGACCGGAGACUACAAAAUAGGAGGGAACUACGGCUCAUCAAUCUGCGCGCAGCAUGAAGCUGUGGAGCGCGGGUGCCAGCAGGUGCUCUGGCUGUACGGCGACGACCAGCAGAUCACUGAGGUCGGCACGAUGAAUGUGUUCCUGUACUGGAUCAGCGAGGAAGGAGAGGAAGAGCUUGCAACACCUCCGCUGGAUGGGAUCAUUCUGCCAGGGAUCACUCGACAGAGCAUCCUGGAGCUCGCGCAUGAUUGGGGGGACUUUAAAGUUGCCGAGCGCUGCCUGACCAUGGCGCACCUGUGCCAGGCCCUGGAGGACGGGCGGGUGAAAGAGAUGUUUGGCGCGGGCACGGCGUGCGUGGUCUGUCCCAUCAGCCGGGUGCUGUACCAGGGGAAGGACCUUCAGAUUCCUUGCGAGGGCAACUUUCCUCCGCUGGCCUCAAGAUUUCUGAGGGAGCUCACGGACAUCCAGUACGGGCGGAUCACGAGUGAUUGGACCUGCCUUGUGUAGACGCACCUAGUGACGACUCGACAGAACCAUGCAAAUGCUAAAACACACAGACACACACACACACACACACACACACACACACACAAGCACGCAAGUGCACAGAAUCUUGAAAACAUAGGAAAACAGAAUCUUGUUUCUGUCUGGGUGACUUUUCAGUAGUGUGCAAUAAUUGUAUCUUGGUGUGAAAAUUAAUUUUCCAUUUCUUGUACUUGCAAUAAUGUGUUCCAUCCACAUAUGGAGCUACAUGAAUGAUCUCUAGAAUUGGGGUUUGUGUCCGUCUGUCUCCAGCCAAAACUCAGACAGACUUAUCAACAGAUCUGCAGAGGGUAACGUUUCAUUGCCAAAUGCACUUAUAUUAAUAAGGCACUAGAGAUUUUAGCUCAGCUAAGCGUUAAGUAUCCAAUGCUGUCAAAUCAAAUGAACAAAAAUAUAGUGGCAUUAUAUGUUUUAUAUAUGUCAGAAAUUAUGUCAGACAUUUUUAGCUACUUUUUAAUGAUGACUAUAGAUGGUCAGAUGUCACGAGGGGGCAUAUCACCAGGAACAGAGUUUUCACUUAGCUGUGAGAGCUUCUUUUGAACCGAAAGAGUUGAAAGCACUUAGGAGGGUACACUGAGCACUCACUGUACACUUCUAAGGGCACUAAGCCCUCUGAGGGCCCAGACGUACACUUCUAAGGGCACUAACCCCUCUGAAGGCUCAGAUGUACACUUCUAAGGGCACUAACCCCUCUGAAGGCUCAGAUGUACACUUCUAAGGGCACUAACCCCUCUGAAGGCUCAGAUGUACACUUCUAAGGGCACUAACCCCUCUGAAGGCUCAGAUGUACACUUCUAAGGGCACUAACCCCUCUGAAGGCUCAGAUGUACACUUCUAAGGGCACUAACCCCUCUGAAGGCUCAGAUGUACACUUCUAAGGGCACUAACUAAAAGCUGCACUGUCAUCCCUUUGUAGCUGCUCAGGUGAAACUCAACCUUCCCUUACGAUCAGGGACAGUAAUGUGUUGAAGUGCCAAUGUGCUCACGGCGAAAACAGCUACGGUGUAAAUGUUUUCUCCUUCAAUCUCUUUAGACCCUUGUUGCCUUGAAUAGGGUUUUAGUCAUUAGAAGGCAAAGCACAAUUUGUUUAAUCUCAUCUGUUUUCUAGAAUAGGUGCAGAUAUACGCUGUACUGUACUGAACCUGUACGAGAUUUCCUCUUGUCCUCGAACCUUUAAAUAAAGAAUUGUGGCUGGUUUCCCUUCA